CCAAGACGUGGCGCUGAGUGACAGGCCGGGGCAGCCUCCCGGAGGGGCUGCUGAGAUGGAUCCUGCCGUGGUCAGCAGCCAUGGGGGGGCCGGGGAAGACAGGAGCGCAGCAGCAGCGGCAGGAGGAGGAGGCGAACCGGAGAAGGGAAGGGGGGAGGCGCCGGGGAAGCAGCAUGACAAGCCCCCCUUCAGCUACAAUGCCCUGAUCAUGAUGGCCAUCCGGCAGAGCCCCGGCCGGCGGCUGACCCUCAACGGCAUCUAUGAGUUCAUCAUGCGCAACUUCCCCUACUACCGAGAGAACCGGCAGGGCUGGCAGAACUCCAUCCGCCACAAUCUGAGCCUCAACAAGUGCUUCGUUAAGGUGCCGCGGCACUACGACGACCCGGGCAAGGGCAGCUACUGGACGCUCCACCCUUCCAGCGAGGACGUCUUCAUCGGCGGCACCACUGGCAAGCUGCGGAGAAGGGCGCCCGCCGGGCGGGCCAAGGUGGCCUUUCGCCAAGGGGCCAGAGUGGCCUUCGCCAGCUCGCUCUACUGGCCCCUGCCUCCCUUCCUGGCCCUGCCCCAGCAGCCUGCCCCGACCGCCAGCUACGGUUCCUACUCCGGCUCCUACUCCUCAACUUUCUGCCCUGGGGCAGACGGGCUCUUUGGGGGAGGGGACGUCCCAUACGGGGGGCAUUGCCAGCAGGUCACCGCAGCCUCCUCCUUGUCCUGUGGCUUCUUGGCACCCAGCACCCUCAAUUCCUUCAAUAUCCUGGCAGGACAGGCCAGCUACAUCUUGGCCCAGAGACCACAGCCUGCGCCAGCCGGGGCCUCUCUGUUCCCAGGCUACUUGGCCUCUCUGAACCAGGGCUCUCCCUUUAACCCGGCUCUGCCCUGAAUGCGCCCACCUUCUGCUAGAUCCAAGCCCUUGCAGAAGGCAUCUGGCCCUGGUUUGCAUCUAAAGCACCCAACGGCGUCCAGCCGCCAAAGGUCAGUUCUGGUGGGUUCGUUUCUAUCCCGCGCUGGGUCAAUUUCCACCUGCUCUCCUGGGCACUUAGCAACCGUCUGAGACAACAGCGCAAAACAGGGCCAGAUCUUCCGUUGAUAUGACUCCCGUCGUGAGGUGAUUUCCACCUGCUGGAGAUCUGGCCCCUAGAUCCUCCUAC